CCAAGACCCAGCUGUCUCCACUGCACCCUAGCCUGCUGAUCAGCUGCUCCCAAGUCCCAAAUCGUUCUCGAAUCGACAUGGCGAGACACCCCGGGCUCCUGCUCAUCCUCCUCGCAGCCGUUGCUGCCGUUGCCACCACCAGCCGCGCGCAGUGGGUCGGCGGGUGGAACGUGAUCGAGGACGUUGCCGGCAACAAUCAGAUUCAGCGGGUCGGCGCGUGGGCGGUGGGGAAGCACAACCAGCUGGGGACCAAUGACAGGCUGCAGUUCGUCCGCGUGGUCGCAGCCGAGGAGCAGGUGGUGCAGGGGUCCAACUAUCUGGUUGUCAUCGAUGCUGCUAGCUCUCGCAAAAAGACGAGGGAGUUGUACGUGGCCGUUGUGGCUGACUUGGUCGGGGCGACCACCUACCAACUCAGCUCCUUCAAGCUGGCCACCAAAUGAUCUACCAAACAUACAUAUGUGUUACCAUCUCAUAUAUACAUAUAGUUAUAUAUGAGAAAUUAAUACAUAUGUGUUACCUGGAUCGGAUCUUUUUCAACAUAUGUAUGUGUUUGUUGCAUCGCUCGUAUGUCCGUACGGUUCGUGCGUGAUUGAGUCUGAAGAUAGCCCACGCAUUCGCGUGGGCUUGUGUCGUACGCUAAGUUUGAGACACUUAUAGAAGCAAACAUUUGCCACGAUUUCUCUA